UUACAGUAAGGAUGGGCAGUGCAGCAGGCAGCCGGAGCGCACGCUGCAGCCGCCGGGGCUCGUAGCCCGGGAAAGGCAGCCUGCGAGGCGCUCCUCCCGGCGGACGCACGCCCGGCGCUCCCGCUCUCCGCGCCGGGGACGUUUCCCCCGAAUGUAGCAUGAAACGGCUCAGCUCUGCGUGCCAGCCUUGGGUGCGAGCUGGUGCUGAAGACGCCGCGGUGGGGUUCCAGCCGUCUGAUUAAUGAGAAACAUAAUGUAUUUUGGUGGUACAUGCCAGAGCCCUGCUCUCCCAGCCCUGGUCCGUCCACCAGCCCCUCCUCUGCAACCUUCGCUGGAUAUCAAACCCUUUCUUCCCUUUCCUCUGGACACUGCAGCAGCAGUCAACCUCUUCCCCAACUUUAAUGCGAUGGACCCGAUUCAGAAAGCUGUAAUAAAUCAUACAUUCGGGGUUCCUCUUCCUCAUCGAAGAAAGCAAAUCAUAUCAUGCAACAUUUGCCAGUUGAGAUUUAAUUCCGAUAGCCAGGCUGCGGCCCACUACAAAGGCACGAAACAUGCCAAGAAGCUCAAAGCACUGGAAGCCAUGAAAAAUAAGCAGAAAUCUGUAACUGCCAAGGACAGCGCAAAGACUACCUUCACCUCCAUCACUACCAAUACCAUCAAUACCAGCUCUGACAAAACAGACAGUACCACAGGGACACCAGCAAUAUCAACGACAACUGUGGAAAUUCGCAAAAGCAGUGUUAUGACAACUGAGAUCACCUCCAAAGUGGAAAAAAGCCCCACGACAGCCACUGGCAAUAGCUCAUGUCCUUCCACGGAGACUGAGGAAGAAAAAGCAAAACGGCUUCUUUACUGUUCGCUAUGCAAGGUUGCUGUCAACUCCGCCUCGCAGCUGGAAGCGCACAACAGUGGUACUAAGCACAAAACCAUGCUAGAAGCCCGGAAUGGAAGCGGGACCAUCAAAGCCUUUCCUAGGGCAGGUGUGAAAGGCAAAGGACCAGUUAAUAAGGGAAACACAGGUCUGCAAAACAAAACAUUUCACUGUGAAAUCUGUGAUGUGCACGUCAACUCGGAAACACAGCUUAAACAGCACAUUAGCAGUAGAAGGCACAAAGACAGAGCUGCUGGGAAGCCCCCGAAACCUAAAUACAGUCCUUACAACAAACUACAGAAGGCAGCACAUCCACUGGGGGUAAAAUUAGUAUUUUCAAAAGAACCUUCAAAGCCAUUGGCUCCGCGAAUUCUACCAAACCCACUGGCAGCUGCAGCCGCCGCUGCUGCAGUGGCCGUGAACUCCCCCUUCAGUCUCCGAACUGCUCCAGCGGCCACACUGUUCCAAACCUCCGCGCUCCCUCCAGCACUCCUGAGGCCAGCUCCUGGACCUAUCCGGACCGCCCACACUCCUGUGCUGUUUGCUCCUUACUGAAUUCCAAAUGGGAGUACUUGUACUGCAAUAAUUUUUCAAAAAACAAAAAACAAAAACAAAAGAGAACUAUGCAGUGUUUAUUUAUAGUUUAAAGUCUAUCUGAAGAGCCAGGACUUUUGAUAGUGAAUUGAAAAGAUUAUUAAAAAAA